AUGUCUUCCUCUACGUUUGAUGACCUACUUAAUAGAGUGAAAAAAGACUUAACUCGAGAAGACACAAAUAUGAGAACAUGUAUCAGUGCUGAGGAAAAAUUGGUGAUAUGCUUAAGGUAUCUAGCAUCUGGGUGUUCGUAUAAAGAUCUGCAUUACUCCUACCGAGUUGGUGUCUCAACAAUUAGCAAUAUUGUGAGAGAAGUUACUCGGAGUAUAUGGAAUAAUAUGGGUACUAAAUUUAUGGCAUGCCCUGAUACGCCAGAUAAAUGGGAGGAAAUAGCGAAUGGAUUCUGGAUGAAAACGAAUUUCCCGCAUUGCCUCGGUGCGGUAGACGGGAAACAUAUAAGACUGAGAAAACCCGAUAACACUGGCUCUAUGUACUUCAACUACAAAGAUUACUUCUCUAUUGUUUUAUUAGCAGUCGUAGAUUCAGAAUAUCGUUUUAUAUACGUGAAUAUAGGGUCCUAUGGAAAAGAUUGUGAUUCGUCAAUCUGGAAAGAAUCUACAUUGUGGAAAAAGUUGACACAGGGCGCUUUAAACAUACCAACACCCAGACCUUUAGAACAGACACAAAUAAAUGUACCCUUUGUGUUUAUUGGCGAUGAAGGUUUCGGAUUGCAUGACAAUUUAUUAAGGCCUUUUGGCGGUACACAUUUAGACAAGAAAAAGCGAAUAUUUAAUUACCGACUUACUCGCGCUAGAAGAUAUGUUGAAUGUGCAUUUGGCAUCUUAGCUAAUAGAUGGAGGAUAUUUCAUCGUCCUCUAGAUGUUAAACUAGAAACAGCAAUAUGGAUAGUAAAAGCGUGUACUGUGUUACAUAAUUUUGUCCGAGAAAAAGACGGGUUUAAUUUUGAAAACGCUCAUUUGCCAGAAAUCCACCUUGACAACUUACCAAAAGCACAAAAUAUACGAGGAGGACUAUCUGCCAAUUCCAUAAGAACAACUUUUGCUGACUAUUUUCUAACAGAAGCUGGUUCUGUUUCUUGGCAAGAUGAAGCCAUCGGUCGCCCAAAGAUGUCACACCUUUCACUAGAAAAGUUUGAGUGUAACGGGGAAUCUACCUCAGUGGGUGCACGAUGGGAGCGAUGGAAGCGAGCGCUAUUCAUCUACCUCGAAGCGGUUAAUAUUGACAGAGACAUCAAGAAAAGGACCUCUCUUCUACAUUUCGGCGGGCUAGACCUGCAGGAAGUAUUCUAUAACAUUCCUGGGGCCAACGUGGAACCAGCCGAAGGCGUAGACGUUUUUGAAACAGCGAUAUCAAAACUUGAUGCGUACUUUGCACCAAGACAAAGCAAAGUGUUCGAGAGACACACUUUCAGGUUCCUUAAACAAGAACCUGACGAAAAAUUCGAAAAAUUUGUCUUGCGAUUGAGGAAAUAA